CCACAAAACAGGAAGCACAAGCGUUGUCCAUGUAAAUACUCCGGAAAAGAACUAGUUUGAGAAAUGGGUGCUGUCGCCUGAGAGGAGUAUGAGAGAACAGCUCUAAGGAUCAUGGCAACGUGAAAUGUAAUUCCGCACUCUACAAGGCGAGUGGGGUGUAACCAUGGAGAAAGCCAACACCAGUUUCCCCAGUUAUAAUGAAUUAGAUGACUACCUCACCAGACGCAACUCCAACUUUGUGUUUCUCCUCGUGGCCACUAUUAUGUCAUGUGGAUGGAUCAUAUACUUGACAUACUACAAUUCCCGUAAUAUUGGACUCAUCCUCACCCUCAUCAUUAACCGUCUCUAUAAGAAUGGAUACAUACACAUUGGUUCAUUUUCAUUCUCUGUGCUGUCUGGCAAGGUCAUGUUCCGAGAUGUCUAUUUCAUCAAUGAAGACAUGUCGAUCAGAAUUCAAGAUGGGUUACUUAUAUUUCGUUGGUGGAAGAUGUACAACCCCAAACAGAAACAACAUGACCCAAAGGCUGAGACACGGCUCUAUGUCACGGUUAAUGGAUUUGAGUUCCAUGUGUAUAAUCGCACGGAUCUGUACACUCGGCUUCAGGAAAUAUUUGGCCUAGAGCCCACCCUUAUUCAGCCCCACCGGGAUGAGGAGAAAGGACGAGAGCAGAGGGAUAAAUCCCUGGAGAGUGUUCAGAUCAAAGCAGAGACUCAGGACCCGUCAUCUUCCUGGAGGUCUCUCAUCCCCGUCAUCAAAGUCAACAUCAGUACAGGUCGUGUAGCAUUCGGCAAUCACCAUCUUCCCCAGACUCUCUGUAUGAAUUUUGACGAUGCCUUCCUGACAUAUGCCACCAAACCACCUAGCAGCCACUUGGAUCAGUUCAUGCACAUCGUGAAGGGUUCUCUGGAGAACGUCCGUGUCAUGCUGGUGCCCAGCCCUCGAUACCUGGGCCUUCAGAAUGAUGAACCUCCCAGGCUCAUGGGAGAGGGCUUUGUUGUCAUGCAGUCGAAUGAUGUCGACAUCUACUACUACCAGGAUGAGCCAGGUUUGGUCCCAGAGGAACAGGAGAAUGGCGAUACAGAAGCCUGCUCUGAAGAUGCCAAGCUACAGGACUUGCCCCCAUGCUGGGGUUUGGACAUUGUGUGUGGCAAAGGAACAGACUUUAACUAUGGCCCCUGGGCCGACAGACAGAGAGACAGCCUGUGGAAAUUCUUCCUGCCUGCAGACUAUCAGCCAAUGAAAGUGAGCGAUGUUGCUACACCAGGCAAACCCCGACAGAUCCUUGCUUUUGAGCUGCGUAUGAACAUCAUAGCUGAUGCGACAAUAGACCUCCUAUUUACAAAAAACAGGGAGACUAAUGCGGUCCAUGUGAAUGUAGGAGCAGGUUCUUACCUCGAGGUCAACAUACCCAUGACUGUUGGGGAGGAUGGUUAUUCUCCCACUGUUAAAGGCCAGCUAUUACAUGUAGAUGCAACCAGCAGUAUGCAGUACAGGACAUUGCUAGAGGCUGAAAUGCUGGCUUUUCAUGUCAUAGCCAGCUAUCCACGCGUGUGGAACAUGCCCCAGUCCUGGCAGUGUGAGAUCGAAGUUUACAAAGCCACGUACCACUUCAUCUAUGCACAGAAGAACUUCUUCACAGAUCUGAUCAAGGACUGGGCCAGCGACAGUGAACCGGACAUCUACUCGUUCGUUCCAUAUUCUUGGAAGUUUAAGAUACUCUUUCACCAGUUUGAAAUGAUUUGGGCCGCCAAUCAGCACAACUGGAUCGACUGCUCCACCAAACAGCAGGAGAACGUUUAUCUCGCUGCCUGUGGGGAAACGCUGAUUAUUGACUUCACGUUGCCAUUUCACGAAUUUGUCCCGGCCACCUGUAACACACGUUUCUGUUUGAGAGCUGAGGACACAGAUAUGCGCUUGUGUCUGCCUGACUGUCACCCAAGCCGGUACCCGCUGCUCACUCUCACUAAAGAUUACCAGCACUGUAAGACCCCUCCAGACAACAACAUGCCAGCAGAAGGGCAAGGAGCACCUCCCAAAAACAACAAACCCCGCUGGAGGAACAUGACUCAUGCAGAGGCUGGUUGGGUGGACUGCUGGAGUGUGCCGAACUUCAUGCUGAUUAUAGACUAUACUUGGCAUCCCAUCUACCCUCAGAAAACUGACCAGCAGCUCAAACAAUCAUUGUCAGAAAUAGAGGAGUCCAUGCUGUCAGCCCUCCGACCACCAGAACACGCUCCACCUGUGCCUCCUCCACCUCGAAUCUCCUCUGACCCCAGCUUGCUGCCCCCUGACCGCUUACAUGUGGAGAUGGAGCUGAGCCCAGACUCCCACAUCACCCUUUAUGGCCCCCUCCUCAGAGCGCUGGUGUCCAUCAAGGAGAACUACUUUGGAGAGGACGACAUGUACACAGACUUUGAGGAGUCGCUCUCCAGCCCUGUGCUGAGCUCCGUCUCUUCUUCUUCUGGUUGGACCGGAGUGGGCCUGGAAGAGAACCGCUCUAAAGACACACCCCACCCUCUCUCCCUACGGCCCUGGGACAUCACUGUACUCAUCAAUCUACACAAAGUCCAUGGACGACUUCCAACGCACUGUAGCAGUGAUGGCCCAGAGGGUCCUACAGGCUUUCUGGAGCGCCUGUGUUUUGAGAUGAAAAAGGGUUAUAAGGAGACCAUGCUACAGCUUGUUCUCUCGCCUCUACAUGUGUUUGUCAGUGAUAACUAUCAGCGGCCUGCUGUUGAUGCUGUGUUGAGAGAUGGGCAUCUGAGCCUCUCGGGGUUGCAGAUGAGAGCCCACGCUAUGUUCUCAGCGGAGGGCUUACCAGCGGGCAGUGACACACUCGAAUAUGCUUGGCUCAUCGACGUUCAAGCCGGAGCUCUUACGGGAAGAGUCAGUGUGCCGCAGUGUGCAUCUCUUCUAGAGUGGGGCGAGAGCUUUGUGUUUCAUGUAGUGUCCCGAGAGUUCCAGCUCGAGCAGCCAAAACCAUCUGUCACCUGCCAACAUGGAGUUGAUCGUAGAGUCUGUGAUUCCAAGCAUGCAGCCCUGCCUGGUCCCUGUCGCACAUCAGAGGAUCUGAAGUACACCAUGACUCGACUAACGGUUGACGGAGCCCAGGUUUUCAUUGUUGAACACGGUUGUGCAGCCAAUGUUAAGACUGGAGCUUUGCGGUUGGCCACAUGUAAUCUACACACAGCUGCUGUCGGCGAAGGCAUUAGUGCCGUUUUGCAAGACGUAGUGAUCGCUCAGUUCAUCGAGCAGCAGGAAGUUGCCCGGCUUGGCCUGCCUCCACCCCUCCUUCGGCGUUCUCAUUGGCUCGAAGCCGGAUCGGUGACCUUUAACCUCAUCACGGCUGAUGUGGCAUUGGCCGCUGACCAUCCAGCCAAAUAUGAGGUCCAGAGGCAAUUUCUGGAGCUUCAUGACAUGAAAACAAAAAGACUUUGGUUCCUUUGGCCUGAGGAGAAAUACAAGCGAACCCGUAAUCGCUGUGGUUGUCUUGGUGGAUGUCGUUUUUUCGGCGGCCCAAAUCCAGUUGGUGGCCUGGAUUUUUUCCGAUUGGAAGAAAUCACACCCUCAUCAAGCUCUGCCUUCUCUAGCGUCAGUGCAGAGAGUGACAUGUCCUACGGCCAAUCAUUAUUACAUCCAGGAGAAUGGAUCGUCACUAAGGAAACUCCUAAACUCUCUGACGUUAAAGGUGUUGCCAUGCGGAGAGAAACAUGUUCCCCUGCUCCAAUGGUGGACUUGGAGAGACGUGGCCAGCACCUCAGUCUGCAUGUCCCUCAGCGCUCUCACAGCUCUGCCUCUUCCUCUGAGGAAAACUCUUCCUCCAGUGCUGCUCUGCCUCUGUUAGCUGGAGAACGAGAGAGUCCCUCCCCCUCUACAGAGUUAAUGAAUGUAACCACUGAUGGUCCAAUCCCAGAGGGUCCGCCUUUGCGCUCUCCACUGCGCUCUCCUCUCAAGCGCCAGUCAUCGGUCCAAUCAGCUCGCCUCGGUAGCACCAAGAGCCUAUCGGCUGCAGUCUUUGCAGAGAAAGCCACCCCUCCUACCGGUGUGCAGUUUAGCAGCGAGGUUUCCCGUAGCGACGAGAAUGUUCUGGACUCGCCAAGGCAGAGAAGAAGCUACGGGUCAUUUCCUUUCACUCCAUCAGCUGAUUCUAGCACAUUCCAUCAGUACCGCUCCGUUGACUCCUCCAUGUCUGUGGCUGACAGUGAAGCCUACUUUAGCGCUAACGAGGAGUUUGAGCCAAUCAGUAGCGAUGAAGGUCCAGGUACCUAUCCAGGGAGGAAACGCAGACGGAGACAACAAGGUCAGCCUCACACAGAACACAGUCGUACAUCUAUAUACCACAGUGUGGAAGGACCUCUGUCAAUCGCUGAGACCCGCCCACCUCUGCUGCCUAGCCACACCUCCCAAGCCUCAUUUGUCUCUGCACUUGGAUUGGAGGAGGAGGGCUCUAUUGAAACUGAGAAGGCUGAGCCAGGCCUCCUGACAACACAGCCACAUUUAAUGGCUUGUUACCAAAAUUACCUUGCGCAUUAUCAUGUUUCUAACUGGUCUGUUAAGCAGCCGACCAAUAAGAGAACAUCUAAGUCAUCAUUGCAUCGCCCACUUGACCUUGACACGCCAACAAGUGAGGAGAGCUCUGCAUCCUUUGACCAGCUGUCCAUUCCGUCUUUUAAGAUGGUGAAGGGUGGUUUGUCUGCUAGUUCACUAUUAGACAGAGGAGUUCAGCUCAUGGGCGACAUAAACAGCACACCUUAUACACCACUUGACAAGCAGGCAAUGGACAACACCGACGAGGACACAGUGACUGAGGACUGGACUGUUGAUCAGCCUCUUGCUCAGACGAGAACCACAGCCAUCGUAGAGGUCAAAGGGGCCGUCAAUGUGGUUCUGACUCCUUUAGUAGCUGAAGCACUAGACAGGUACAUCGAGUCUAUGGUUCACUUUGCCAGUAUUCGCCACCCUGCAUCAAUCCUGGAUGACCUGCAUGGAAAAGUGCUUAAUGAAGUGUAUCAGAUCAGCAAAUCCACUGUCUCUGAGUCUAGCACAGCGAAGCCAGAGCACAAAAUAUCUAAGACUGAGGGAACCACCCCUGGGUCUCUGAGCACACCUCAUGGACAAACUGAUUUGUCAAUCAAACCUGACAAUGUGAAGAUAAAGGGCUUGCAAGCUAAUGUGACUGUCCCAAAGGUCAAUCUCUGUGUACUUCAGGCAUCUGUAGAGGAAGGUUCACCAUCCAAUAAGAGUGUCACACAUGUCUCUCUAGUGGCCUUGUGUUUUGACCGAAUUGCUACUCAGCUGCGCAUGAAUAGGGGUAUAGUGGAGGACACAGAAAAGCCGUCUGUUAUGAUGGAGAAGUUCUCGUCUGCGUCUAAGAUGGCACCUCAGUCCAGCGGUUCUCUCCGCUCUAAUGCUGGGAUUGAAAAGGGCAAGGAGAUCGCAGCCAGACUCAACAUACACCGCAUACACAGCCAACUCCGCGGCUUGGACUCAUCAGAUCUUGGAGCUUGUGCCAUCACUGCCAUUCCUUUUGAGAAGUCCAAGGUUCUCUUCAGUUUGGAGGAAACUGAUGACUUUGUUUUAGUGGAUGAGACGGAGCCCUCUAUCUCCACUGAACAUGUCCCAGAACACACUCCUGACCACGUUCGCUCUGGCGCCAGUCAAGAGAAAUGGGGUUGGAUUAUGUUUGAAUGUGGGAUUGAGAACCUCACUGUCAAAGGUGGGCGGCAGUCAGGAGCUGUGCUAUACAGUGCUUUUGGGGUGAUGGGAGGAGCCGACAGCGGCGUCAGGGAUGGAGUCUCAAAAUCAAAUGGUUCUAGUGGUUCGCAGACAGGAAGUGGCUACAGCACUGAUGUGUCUGAUGAUAAUCUGCCCAAUGAUGCUCAGAGCCCUGCUUCUGAACCCAACAACAAUUCAGACUCUGAUGAACAGGAUGAGGGAGUGGAGUCAGAUGAUCUGAAAAAGGACCUGCCCCUCUUGCCACCUCCUCCUGACUCCAGCAGUAUGAAGCUGACAAUAAAGGAGAUCUGGUUCAGCUUUGCUGCACCGACCAACAUCCGUUCUCAUGCUCCUGCCAUGUCCAGACAGCUGAAUCUGUUGAGUACUGCGACCCCUGCGGUCGGUGCGUGGUUGGUUCCCAUCGACCAGCUGAAAUCCUCCCUGCAGAAACUGGACAUGGAGGCCACUCUGCGUGUGUGCGCGGUCAUGGGCUGCAUAAUGACUGAGGCCCUGGAGAAAAAGAGUAUUCACAUUCCAUUUCGCAGCAAGUAUAACCGCGUUACAAAACGAGCCCGAUACCUUCACGAGAACCCGUCCUGUUUACUAUGUAAUAUUCUACAUCGUUACCUGCAGCAGGCUGAUUACAGCGUCAUUGAAGAGGCCACCAUGAACGAUGGACUACCUGCUCUGGUCACGCUGAGGAAGGGUUUGGUGGCACUUGCUCGUCAGUGGAUGAAGUUUAUCGUUGUCACACAGGGCUUUAAGGCGGUUGGUUUGCCACGACCCAAUCAGCUUCCUAAGCCCAAGGAACAGGACCCCAUUGAGCCCGAUCAGACACAGGGGCCAGACUGUGGCGCUGCCUUGCAGAGUGACACCAGUGCUGAUGGAGCCGAGUUUGAGUUUGAUGCAGGGACCGUAAGUGAACAUACAAUGCUGUUAGGAGUAUGUAGUCAUCCUGCUCCGACCGGUAACUCUGCCCCCGUGACUGGAGUCGAGAUCAUGAGAAAACUCUCCAAAUCUCACACACACAGCGAGUCUGCCCUCAGGAUCAAGGGUUCCCAUCCUUACCAGUCCCUGAGCUACACGAGUGGAGAUACAGCGGCUGAUUCUCCUGCUCACGUCAGUCGGACAGGGCUGCAGUCCAAUCACAGCCCUCGGAAAGAAUCGUUGCUAAGCUAUCUGACAGGAAGCAUCCAUAGUCUGCACAACCUCCUCGAAGCCACGCCCCAUCGAGCAAACGAACAAACCGCAGCCAAGAGCAGCUCCCUGACACGUACAGGCAAUAAUGUUGGUGCAGACGUGUUAACAGAACAUCCUCUUCUAUCGGAGCCAUUUUCCGUCAGCUUUUACAAUUGGAUGUCAAACGCUGUUGGCAAUCGCACAGGCGGCAACGUCCAGGACUCGCCUCUCAACCGCUCUCAGCACAACAGCCUACAGACCGGAGGUGUCCUUCCCACCAUUCCUUCUGCAUCAGAUUUUAACACUGUCCUGUCUAGUGAUCAGAACACACUAGACACACACUCCCAGCACACACACUCCCAGCACAGCACGAGUCAGGAGGACCUGCUCGAUCAGGAUGAGACGAAUCUCUGCCCUGCAGCUGUGCAGCUGGCCGAUGCACAGGUUGUUUUUAAGCCUUUGUUGAGUCACAUUGGUAUCCAACCCCAGGAUGCUCCUCCGCUUAGUUACAAAAUGUAUUUUGGGGAGCACCUGUCCUUCAGCGGCACUCUUGAGUGCUUGAGAGCUGACAUUGUCGACUCUGACACCAGCAAAGAAAGGAAGAACAAACGUGCACACAGGCAGGGCAUGGUGAACCUCCCCCCGCUGGAUUUCAAGCCUGCUCUGAUGAUUGAGACGUUCAGCUUGAACGCAGUCGUACUGGAGAAGUGCAUGUCAACCCCUCCCUCUGCCAGCGCUCUCUCUUUCCAUGAGCUGAGCCGGAGACCCCAGGCCAGUGUGCACUGCCAUUUCACCCUCGCUUGCCAAGCGAUUCGCCAGCACGUGGACAUGGCCCUGGUCCGCCUCAUUCACCAGUUCAGCACAAUGAUCGACGACAUCAAAGCAACGCAGACUGACAUCAAGCUGAACCGCUACACUGCCGGCUCCUCUUCCCCGACGCCCACCAAGGCGCGACCGUAUCGGGAAUUUCGCUCCUCUGACUUCAGUCGUAGCUCUCGAGGGAGCCUGAAUGGAGCUGCUCGACUGGGCACUCAGAAGAGCAAGCGGACCGUGGUCGGGCCGGGCCUAGACACGCUGACCAGGAAUCGAGAGCCUCGUGGAAGGGGGACGCUGGGACGUUCGGAGCGUAGGACGUCAAAAGUAUCUCGGAAGGGUUCGAGGGAUGUGGCGGACCACAUGACCAUUCAGAUGGAUGACUCGGACUCCAUCACUGUGUCAGAACAGAGCGAGCCGUCGGCCGAGUGUUGGCAGAACAUGUACAAACUUCUUAAUUUCUACUCGCUCAUAUCAGACCCCACAGGCAUCCUGGAGAAAAACCAAGACAAUGCCCUCUCAGAGGGUGGACGGAGCCCUGCGGAUCCUCCGUGUCGAUUAGUGUUUGAAUCUGAAGGCGAGACGCCCCCCAGUCGACUGGGGCGUAGGCGGAGCUUGGUAAGCUCUGAGCCCCAGCAUGUGACGCUGAUCGUAUUCGGCGUUGGCAUGGUGAACCGCACACAUCUGGAAGCAGACAUUGGAGGACUGACCAUGGAGGCGGAGCUUAAGAAAAUACAUGGCAGUUUUACUCUAAAGGAGAAAAUGAAGGAUAUUCUUCAUCAGAAGAUGACUGAGACCUGUGCCUCGGCCCAUAUUGGAUGUGUGAACAUUGUGCUUCUGGAAGGAAUCACACCAGACAUACAACUAGAGGAUUUUCCAACCUCACCUACCAGCACAACCAAGCAGGAGUUCCUGACGGUUGUGAAGUGUAACAUCGCAAAGUCCCAGGCUUUAUAUAGCGCACAGCGUGGGCUGAAGACCAAUAACGCUGCCGUAUUUAAAGUAGGUGCAAUCUUCAUCAACAUCCCGCAACACCCUGCAACGCUGCACAGCAUGAUGGUCCGCAGCUCCCACCAGCUUUCAAAACAGAUUUCAGACCUCAUCCGUCAGCCCUCCAACAUCCCACCUCCCAACCGUGAAGACACGCCUACUCCACAGCCUUCUGAAGUCAGUAUCAAUCAGACUCCGGUGGAGGCCAUUGAGUUUCCUCAGCUGCCUGAAGGACUGGAGAAGAAGCCAAUCGUUUUGAAAUUCAGCGCUAUGCUGGAUGGUAUUACUAUUGGUGCAGCCCUGUUGCCCUCUCUCAAAGCAGAAUACAAGAUGGGUCGCAUGAAGAGCCAUGGCAUGACAGGUGCUCAGACGCGGUUCACCUUUGAACUACCCAAUCAUAAGCUGUGUUUCCAGUCGAAGGUUUCCCCUGUGGAUGUGUCAGCCAUGCCACCCACUGCCAGUCUGACGCUGCCUCCCGUCACCAUGUCGGGACAGUACAUCAUACAGGAGCACGAGGGCCACAGCGACACUGCCUGGGCUCCAGGAUACAGCAAUUAUCUUCAAGGAAACUACUUGCGUUGUGUGGCUGAGAUUGGGUCUUUCGAACACAACUUGACCACAGAUUUGCUCAACCAUCUAGUCUUCCUUCAGAAGGUCUUCAUGAAGGAGGUCAAUGAGGUCAUCCAGAAGGUGUCAGGAGGCGAACAGCCAAUCCCACUGUGGAAUGAACACGAUGUUUCAACAGAUGGCGACAAACCUAAAAUCCUGCUUUACUCUAUUAAUCUGACCUUUAAGGGGAUUCAAAUGACAGCCACCACUCCUUCGAUGAGGGCGGUGCGCUUUGAGACGGGCUGUAUUGAGCUUGAACUGUCCAAUCGUGUUCAGUGCAAAACUACUCCCACAGGAAGUAACUACCUGAAGCUCUUUGGAAAAUGUCAAGUGGAUCUCAAUUUGGCUUUGGGGCAAAUAGUCAAACAUCAGGUGUAUGAGGAGGCGGGGUCAGAUUUCCACCAGGUGGCGUAUUUCCGCACUCGAAUCGGUUUGCGCAAUGCUCUGCAGGAGGAGAUCAGUGGUAGCUCUGAUAAAGAGGCCGUUCUAAUCACACUCAACCGUCCUAUUGUUUUUGCUCAGCCAGUGGCGUUUGACAGAGCUGUUCUGUUCUGGCUGAACUAUAAGGCUGCCUAUGAUAACUGGAAGGAACAGCGCUUGGCUCUGAACUCAGACAUUCAUAUGGCCACCAAAGAGGUGGUGGACAAACUGCCAGCCAUACAGCAGACCAGCGUCCAGGCCUUCAGCACUCUCUUCCUGCAGCUCACCGUCAAUGACCUGGGCAUCUGUCUGCCCAUCACCAGCACCACACAGGCCAAUCACACUAUUGAUUUUGACACUGGCUCAGCACUGGUUUUAACCAUCGAGAGUACGCUAAUCACAGCCUGCUCCUCUGAAUCUCUGGUCAGCAAAGGCCAUUUCAAGAACUUCUGCAUUCGAUUCGCCGAGGGGUUUGAGACCACUUGGGAUGACUGGAAACCCGAGAUCAGAGGAGAGCUGGUCAUGAAUGCCUGUGUUGUCCCUGAUGGUACUUAUGAGGUAUGCUCCAGAACAACAGGACAGGCCUCUGCAGAAAGCAGCAGCGCAGGAACAUGGACGCUAAAUGUCUUGUGGAAGAUGUGUGGUAUUGAUGUGCACAUGGAUCCCAACAUCGGCAAGCGUCUGAACGCUUUGGGUAACACGCUCACCUCUCUGACUGGUGAAGAGGACAACGAUGACAUCACAGACCACAACUCGGUCAACAUGGCUGACCUUUCAGACGAGGACGAGAGUGACGGCAUGUCUCCUCCCAUACACACGUGUCCUGAAGGGGAUCUCAGUCCCAGACUUUCGUUCAGGAGGCGGCUGGUGAACAGCAUUCUGGGCAUUAGCCCCAGCCCCCCUCCCCUGUCACCUUCUGAGUGUCGUAAUGUUUCUCCAUCAUCCGCAAUCACUCGGCUAAAGUCGAGAAGUGUUCGCCUGCCGUCCACAGCCAAUGCAGAACGAACUAGACAUCCCAGACCCCUGUCCUGGGGCUGUGAGUCUGUUGACCUGCGCAGACAGGCAGUCAUGAGCAAUCAGAUAAUCGACGCUCGUGGACGGAAGUUCUCUAAGCGCUUGGUGGAUAUUAGAGAACUCAAUGAGCAGGCCAAAGUCAUCGACGAUCUCAAGAAACUGGGUGCAAGUGAAGGCACCAUAAACCAGGAAAUCCAGCGCUAUCAGCAUUUGGAAUCUGUCGCUGUCAAUGAUAUCCGUCGGGAUGUGCGCAAGAAGCUACGGCGCUCCAGCAUGAGGGCUGCCUCAUUGAAAGAUAAAUGGGGUUUAGGGUACAAGCCAAGCUACAGCAACAGUAGGUCGAAGAGCAUUUCAGCAACGGGCAGACCACCGAUGAAGAGGUCGGAUAGACCCAGAGAUGAUCUACCAGACAUUAAAGUGGAUGCAGCAUCUCCAGCACCAAGAGUUACCUUCAACAUCGACACGAUGGAAACCCCAAACCCAAUCCCAAGUCCAGCUGACUCGGUUUUUAAGUUCCCGGAGGAGACAGAGUUGGACCUGUUGUCUGUCACCAUUGAUGAUCCUGCCCAUUACCCAUCAUGCUCAGUGUUCAGUGCCCCUGGCACACCCGCAGUCUUUUCACCAACCGUUCCCUUCCAGCCUGAUGACAGCCGCCGUGACGACCUCUCCUCCACUUCUUCAGAGGAUUCGGACAAAGAUGACGAGUUUGACAGGGAAAGACCACACAGCUAUUAUCACAGACUAGGGGGCUCUCAGAGGAAGUCUUCUGCGCUGUCUGCAUUAUUCAGCGAGCGCUGGCCGACCACACCCCCUCAGCGUGGAUCUUUAGCUCCACCCACUGAGCGUAACAUUGACUUCGAGCUGGACGUGCGUGUUGAGAUCGACAGCGGCAAGUGUGUGCUGCAUCCCAGCACCCAGCCUCCCGAGCACGAAGAUCUCGCACUGAGAAGAAGUUGUGAGCGGAGUUCAAGAAGUCUGGAUCAGGACUCUCCUCCCAAGAAGCGAAAGCAGCAGCACAGUUUUGUGUCCAGCUCCCAACUGCUGACUGCUAAGCGAGUGCCCACCUCUCUGCAGAGCAAGAGCAGUGAUAUUGAGACCACUGUAUUCUACAUCCCUGGAGUGGAUGUUAAGCUACAUUACAAUUCUAAAAUGCUGAAGACCGAGUCGCCCAAUGCCUCGCGGGGAUCGUCCCUUCCCAGAACCCUUUCCAAAGAGUCCAAGCUGUAUGGUAUGAGAGACGCACCCUCACCACCAGCCUCAGGCCCUGGCAAGACUAACACACUCCUGUCCCCCCCUUCCCCUCCUCUCCCUUCAGCUAAAGGUAAAGCAAGUGUAGGGGUGAAGACGGCUAAGCUGUAUGCAUGGGUAGCUCUGCAGACACUGCCAGAGGAAAUGGUCAUCAGUCCAUGUCUGCUAGACUUCCUGGAGAAAGCGCUGGAGACCAUUCCCAUCACACCAGUCGACAGGAACUACACAACUCUGAAUGUUCCUGAGGAAGAUGUAGGUCACUUUGAUUCUGUGGAGCCUCUGGAGGAGUCUCAGGUGUCUCUUGUGGCUUCUGCUGCAUCUCCAUACUCUUCCUUCCCUGUGGAUGUGGUGGUUUAUGUCAGGGUGCAGCCAUCUCAGAUCCGGUUCAGCUGUCUUCCCAUGUCUCGAGUGGAGUGCAUGUUGAAACUUCCUUCUCUAGACUUGGUCUUCUCAUCCAAUAGGGGUGAGCUUGAGCCCACCACCCAUCCAUCUGAGGGCCAACACACACCCUCCUCCACACCUCCGUCAGUACACAAUGCCAACAGAGUGCCUGGAAGCAAAGGUCCAUCCACAGGCUUAGGCAGUCCUUUAGGCCGGAGUCGCCACCACAGCAGCCAAUCAGAUCUAACAGGCCCACCCUUAAAUUCAUCAGGUCUGAGUUUCACCGCCUGCAUGUCAGAUUUUUCACUGUAUGUGUUUCAUCCUUAUGGAGCCGGCAAACAGAAGUCUGCAGUUACUGGCCUCCCACCUGGACCAGGACCCCUGGGAGCAGUCGACGAGGACGCCUCUUCUGUGACAGGGAGAAAAGACUCUCUCUCCAUCAACCUGGAGUUUGUAAAAGUCAGCCUUUCCCGGAUGAGACGGACAGGAUGUCCAGCUUUUAUCGAUACUUUCAUUGCCAGCAAGGGUGGGAAGAUGGACACAACUCUUAUCAACAUCUCAGCGGUGUGUGAUAUCGGCUCUGCCUCUUUCAAGUACGACAUGAGACGUCUGAGCGAGAUCCUUGCGUUUCCCCGUGCUUGGUACCGCAGAAGCAUCGCCAGGAGAUUGUUUUUAGGAGACCAGACCAUUAACUUACCAGCCUCAGGUCCUGCCACGCCAGACUCUGUGGAGAGCAUCGCUCAGCACCUGUCUCCCGAGUCCAGCCGUAAAGCAUACUGGAGGACGUGGGACGGCCAGUCCACUCAACACCCCUCCUCUUCCGUCUUCACUGAUGCCACACCAAGCCACGCACACCUCAAAUCACCUGCCACCGGUCGUUCCCGCAGCGUGUCCGACUCCUCAGCGCCGCGCAGAGACUCUGUUACCAGGACCUCCACCCCGUCGUUCCGCAACGGAAAAGCGGCAGCACAGCAGGGUUCGCCGUGGGAGACCCUGGUGGUGUUCGCCAUCAACCUUAAACAGCUUAAUGUCCAGAUGAACAUGAGCAACGUCAUGGGCAACAAUACUUGGACAACAAGUGGGCUGAAGAGUCAGGGCCGUCUGUCAGUGGGCAGUAACAGAGAUCGUGAGAUCAGCAUGUCUGUUGGACUUGGCCGCUCCAAACUGGACUCCAAAGGAGGAGUGGUGGGUGGCAACAUUGAUGUCAACACACUCGAGAUGGUCUCUCAUAUUUCAGAACAUCCAAAUCAGCAGCCCAGUCAUAAGAUCCAGAUCACAAUGGGCUCCACAGAGGCACGGCUCGACUACAUGGGCUCCAGCAUAUUGAUGGGCAUCUUCAGUAACGCUGACCUGCAACUCCAGGAUGAGUGGAAGGUGAACCUCUGCACAGCCGAAGCCAGUCUUUCUGAAAAAAGUGAGAUCUUUGUACACGGAGACCUGCAGUGGGACAUAUUCCAGGUGAUCAUCUCCCGCUCCACAACUCCUGACCUGAUAAAGAUUGGCAUGAAGUUGCAGGAGUUCUUCACAAUGCAGUUUGACACCAGCAAGCGAGCCCUGUCCACCUGGGGCCCAGUACCAUACAUGCCUCCUAAAACCCCGGUCAUCAACGCAGACAAGGGAGCGGCUGAACUCUAUAUGGAUGCAGCUCAUCACAGGCAUUGGCCCAAUGUGUUGAAGAUGGUGGCAGGAUGUCACAUUUCCCUCUUCCAGAUGCCUCUUCCAGAGGAUGCUGUGCAGCUGGGUGGCUCCAUGAGUCUUCAUGGCAAUCACAUGACUUUAGCUUGUUUCCACGGGCCCAACUUCCGUUCCAAGUCUUGGGUGCUUUUCCAUUUGGAAGAGCCUAACAUCGCCUUCUGGACUGAAGCACAGAAGAUCUGGGAGGAUGGCUCCAGCGAUGACUCUACAUACAUCGUUCAAACCCUCGACUUUCACCUUGGGCAUAAUACAAUGGUAACCAAGCCUUGCGGUGCUCUGGAGAGCCCAAUGGCAACCAUCACUAAGGUUACCCGCCGCCGCCAUGAAAACCCCCCGCAUGGGGUGGCUACAGUCAAAGAAUGGUUCAACUAUGUCACUGCCAUGAGAAACGAAGAGCUGAACUUGUUGCGUAACGUGGAUGCAAACAACUCCGAGAGCGGCGCAGCUGCGAAGAGCUCCAGCCUCCUGAGCGGCUUCAGGGGCGCCUCCAGCUACAACCACGAAACAGAGACCAUCUUUGCCCUUCCCAAAAUGCAGCUCCAGUUCAAAUCCAUCCACGUACAAGACCCCGAGGAACCUUCUCUCAGUGAUGCCGGCAGUAAGCCCAAAGUGGAGUGCAGUGUGGUGACCGAGUUCACCGAUCACAUCUGCGUCACCAUGGACGCGGAGCUCAUCAUGUUCCUGCAUGACCUGGUCUCGGCAUACCUGAAAGAAAAAGAGAAAGCUCUCUUCGCCCCGCGUAUGUUUGCGUCUCGACCCGGUCAGAAGAGCCCCACGGCGCAGCAGGAUGAGGCCUCGUCAGAGAAGAAGGACAAGGAAGAGGGAGUGAACUACACUACGGUGGACUGGAGAGAGUUCCUCUGUAACACGUGGCAUCUGGAGCCCACGCUACGGUUGAUCUCGUGGACGGGCCGUAAGAUCGAUCCGGUGGGGGUGGACUACAUCUUGCAGAAACUGGGGUUCCACCAUGCCAGGACUACAAUUCCCAAAUGGCUUCAGAGGGGAGUGAUGGACCCUCUGGAUAAAGUUCUGUCCGUUCUCAUUAAGAAACUCGGUAUGGCGCUGCAGGACGAGAAAGAGAAGAAAGGUCAAAGAGACAAAGACGAGCAUUAACUCGAAACACUUUUAAUGUAUUAAUACAUUUCCGCUACCUGGAGCCAUCCUUGUGAAUUUCCUUCUUUUUUUUUUACCUUGUCUGAAACCACUGGAUUUAUUGCAAACUACUGUUCAGCACACACACACAAACGAAUUACAGUCAUUGCUAUACUGUGUGGACAUUCAUGUUUGCCUUGGUUCAUAUGGCCAUAGCUCUUGGACGACUGAAAGUUUUUUUUUUUUUGUUUUAAUUCUCAGAUCACAUAGACGUCGAAUAGCUGCUGCUGAAUGCCAUUUGGACUUUUAACAUGAAUUAAAUGCACUUACACGUCACUGGCACUAACAAAUGAGCAGUGAUCUUAAGCUACAGUAUGCAGGUGUGCUCUUGAAAUUGGUUUACAUGAGUUCAGAGGAGCGGUAAGCGUCCUGUGUUCUUUCUCCGAGGUGAUAUACUGCUGACUAUUGCCAAUCAGACUUUUUAAAUAGUUUUCUUUUACCAUUUUAAGAGCAAACGAUAUACAGGGAAGCCCCGACUGGGUGGUAAAGUGUUCUUUCAGCCAGCAGAGGAAGUAUGAACAUCCCUAAGCCUAAUUUAUUCCUUUUGAGAGUGACCAAAUUUCUGAUGCCUGUUAACGACACAUUUUGAGGGAUGAUAUAGUUGAAACGCCUCAGAUGUUCCUGUGAAUAAAUCAGAACCUCAGAUCGUGCUGUGUAAUGUGAAUUGGCCUGUAAAGCAAGGCUCUAACUUAAAUAUACAAACAAAAUGUAAAUAUCUUAAAUGCAGAAGCUGUUACCCAUGUUAGGCCUGUGGUGAUAGUUUUUUUUUCCUUUUAUUUUUAUUUUUUUUGCUUUUUCAUAAUGUGCAAUAGACCAUUGUGUAUAUACAGAGGUAAAUAUGUUCAAUGUGCUGAUUUCUUAACUGAAUAAAAUCAUUACUACUAAAAUGAA